GUCAAUCAAUGCUAGAGUCUGCUUGUUCAAUGUACAUUCUUAAUUCUGCCCAAAAACAGGUUUUACUCUGCAGUGGUUGCUUUAUUUAAGAAUGUCUACCUUUGACCAGUUUAAUCCAGACUUUUACCAAUCAAAUUAUGAUAUUAAUGACCAGCAGCAAACCUCAUAUAACUAUGGAGGUAGCAGUGGUCCUGAUUUAAGUAGUGAAUUUGAGAAUGGACACCCACAGCCCAAAAUAUUUGUUCCUUCAGAAAUGACACAAACUUCAAACCUCUAUGCAGGCCAUAUCUUCCAGCCACAAGAGCUGUACACUCCAUUCAGCCCAUCGUCCACAAUAUAUGGUGAUGACACUGAUGAUGAACCAUCACUUUUAGAAGAAAUUGGGAUCAACUUUGAUCACAUCUGGCAGAAAACCUUAACAGUUCUGAAUCCGAUGAAACCAGCAGAUGGCAGCAUAAUGAACGAGACUGACCUGACAGGACCAAUAGUUUUCUGUCUGGCAUUUGGAGCCACAUUGUUGCUGGCAGGUAAAGUACAAUUUGGCUAUGUUUAUGGAAUCAGUGUUUUGGGCUGUUUAGCAAUUCACACCCUACUGAAUCUGAUGAGUGUUACGGGGGUCUCAUACGGCUGUGUGGCCAGUGUCCUGGGCUACUGUCUCCUUCCAAUGAUCAUUCUUUCUGGCUGUGCAAUACUCUUUUCACUCCAGGGGAUGACUGGAAUUCCACUCGCUCUGCUUGUCAUUGGAUGGUGCAGCCUUUCAGCCUCAAAAAUAUUUAUCUCGACACUGGCAAUGGAGGGGCAACAGCUUCUUGUCGCCUAUCCUUGUGCCUUACUGUAUGGGAUUUUUGCACUUCUGACCGUUUUCUAAGUUAUAGUUUCAAUACUGAAUGUACAGCUUUCACCUUGUUUCAAAGUACAUUUUGUU